AUGGCGACCAAGCACGCAGAGCCCGUCACCACCAUCAGCCUUCGAAAGCUGAGCCUGGGGGCCCCAGAGCCGCAGCCGGAAGAGCCGAAGACGUUCUCCGUGGAAGACGCCGUGGAGACCAUCGGAUUCGGACGUUUCCACAUUGCCCUGUUUCUGAUCAUGGGCAGCACUGGGGUGGUCGAGGCCAUGGAGAUCAUGUUAAUAGCUGUUGUGUCUCCUGUCAUCCGCUGUGAAUGGCACCUGGAGAAUUGGCAGGUGGCGUUGGUGACCACGAUGGUGUUUUUUGGCUACAUGGUCUUCAGCAUCCUCUUUGGCCUCCUGGCUGACAGAUACGGCCGCUGGAAGAUUUUGCUCAUCUCGUUCCUGUGGGGAUCCUAUUUCUCCUUGCUGACCUCGUUCUCUCCCUCCUACAUCUGGUUUGUCUUCCUGCGGACGAUGGUGGGCUGUGGCGUGUCUGGCCAUGCACAAGGGCUAAUCAUAAAGACUGAGUUUUUGCCCACAAGGUAUCGAGGCUAUAUGCUACCCUUGUCUCAGGUGUUCUGGCUGGCCGGCUCCCUGCUCGUCAUCGGGCUGGCCUCCGUGGUCGUCCCCAGCAUCGGGUGGCGCUGGCUCAUCCGCAUCGCCUCCAUACCCGGCAUCAUCCUCAUCAUGGCCUUCAGGUUUAUUCCAGAAUCUGCCCGCUUCAAUGUCUCCACCGGGAAUACUCAGGUAGCGCUGACCACUCUGCAGCGCAUUGCCAGGAUGAACCGUUCGGUCAUGCCAGAGGGGAGGCUGGUGGAGCCCAUCCUGGAAAAUAGAGGAAGAUUUGCAGACCUAUUGGAUGCUAAGUAUUUACGGACCACAUUACAGAUCUGGGUCAUAUGGCUGGGAAUCUCUUUUGCCUACUACGGGGUUAUCCUGGCCAGUGCCGAGCUGUUGGAGCGCGACCUGGUGUGUGGUUCGAAGUCGGAAUCCAAGGUGGCGGUGGUCGUGGGGACCUCAGAGGAGAGUCAGAGCCCCUGCUACUGCCACAUGUUUGCCCCCGCCGACUACCAGACCAUGAUUAUCAGCACCAUCGGCGAGAUUGCUCUGAAUCCUUUUAAUAUCCUGGGCAUCAACUUCCUGGGAAGACGGCUGAGCCUUUCUAUCACCAUGGGAUGCACAGCUUUAUUCUUCCUUCUCCUCAAUAUUUGCACUUCAAGGGCGGGCCUCAUCGGCUUCCUCUUCAUGCUGAGGGCUCUGGUUGCCGCCAACUUCAACACCAUCUACAUUUACACAGCCGAGGUGUACCCUACCACAAUGCGCUCACUGGGGAUGGGGACCAGCGGCUCCCUGUGUCGCAUCGGUGCAAUGGUGGCGCCAUUUAUAUCCCAGGUUCUUAUGAACGCGUCAUUCCUGGGGGCCCUGUGUCUCUUCUCAUCUGUCUGUGUUAUAUGUGCCAUUUCUGCAUUUACUCUCCCAAUUGAGACCAAAGGACGGGCACUACAGGCCUGUAUUAGCAAACUACGUAUAUGA